UUGGUGGCACUACGACAAGAGAUUGAACUCCGAAUGAAGAACAGUGUUAAGAAUGGACAGACUGUCAGCUCUGAUGUGAUUUCUUUAAGUGUUCGUGGGCCUGGCAUCCAACGGAUGGUACUUGUUGAUCUACCUGGUAUUAUAAGUACCGUGACGACGGGAAUGGCAGCUGAUACAAAGGAGUCUAUACAUGCCAUGUUGACACACUAUAUGACAAACCCAAAUGCAAUAAUAUUGUGUAUACAAGAUGGUGCAAUAGAUGCAGAAAGGAGCAUCGUUACAGACUUGGUGUCGGAUAUUGACAAGGAAGGCAAACGUACAAUAUUUGUACUUACUAAGGUUGACCUUGCAGAAAAAGCCGCCACUAACCCUAAUAGGAUAAAGCAGAUCCUUGAUGGUAAACUGUUUCCAAUGAAGGCCCUUGGCUACUUUGCUGUUGUAACUGGUAAAGGUAAGUUAAUAUCAGU